AUGUCGACCGGAUUGGGGGAAAAAUCGUUUGUCAACAACGACGAACUGUUCUACCUGAAGUGGAACAACUUCCAGAAAAAUGUCAGCACCCAGUUCGAAAAGCUGCGUGAAGAUGACGAUCUAGUAGACAUUACGUUCGCAUGCGAGGGCCGAAUGCUUACGGCGCACAAGCUGGUACUGUUUGCUUGCAGCCCUUACUUCAAGGAACUGCUAAAGAAAAAUCCAUCCCCGCAUCCCGUAUUUUUCAUGAACGAUGUGAAGUACGAUGUGUUGAAGGCCAUUCUGCAGUACAUGUACCUCGGUGAGGUACACAUCACCAACGAAAAUCUAAAGGAGUUCAUCAAGACGGCUGAAGGGCUACAAAUUCGUGGCCUGAGUAAAGAGAAUAAUGGUGAUUUGAUCAUACCAUCGCAUCAGGACGUACUGCGCCGGGACGAGAAAAACGAUCAAAUGCUCGAUGAAUUUUGCCGGAAGCGUGCUGGCAUUGAGGAACUACAAUCAUCGACCGUACUGAACAUCAAGCGCGUUAAAACGGUGGCAGACGGUUCGAUGACAGCCAGCGGUCAGGACGGGAAUGUGGACGUAGAACCGAAAGUGGAAAUGGUCGAAUACUUGGACAGUGAAGCGGGUGCCCACCAAUCGCCAACGUACUGCAGUAUGGAACCGUACGCGGAUAAAAACAAUCCACGCACCGCCAUGGGCCAUCUUGGGGCAAUCAAUAACGUAGCGGGCUUCACACAAACCGGUCCCGCAUCAGUAUCCGGAGCGGGAACUAAUCAACCCGGUGGCUCCGGCGGCCACAGCCAUAAUGUGCACGAGUACAAAUCGGAAGAUGAUAGCAGUUGGAUGGAGAAAUCGCUCGACAACAUUUCCGUCAACUCGGAGCAAAGCAUGAAGUACAAUAGUGGUGGUGGUGGGGGUGGCAGUGGUGGCAGCGGAGGUAGCAGUGGCAACGGUGACAAAAACAAGGGACGCAGCAGUCGAAAUAGCAACCGGUCCACGGAUGACAAAGCGAACUGUUUAACGCCUCGCUGCUGUCCCGUGUGUUCGCGGCUUUACUCGAACGUGUCCAAUCUGCGACAGCACAUGCGAUUAAUACACAACCCGACCGCCGUCUGUUGCCCCAUCUGCCAGAAACACUUCAACUCCGAACUCUACCUGAAGCGACACUACUCAUCGAUACAUUCGAUCAAUCCUAAUAGCACCGGAGACGGUGAGCUUGUAGAUACAAAGCCCCCAACGUCGCAACUACAGCAGCAGCAACAACAGCAAGCACCCCCACAACAACAACAGCAAGCUCCUCCGCCAACGCAACAGCAGCAGCAGCAGCAGCAGCAGCAGCAGGCCCAACAGCAGCAGCAACCUCAACAACAGCAAGCACCCGCACCAACCGCAAACACGUGGAAUCCCUACCAUCACCACGACGCCUCACAGUUGGUGAAUCCUUUUAUCAAGUAA